CCGGCGCCGCAGCCCCGCAAUCUGUUGAUAACUCGCUCCCAGCUCGGCCGCUGCCCUCGCGAAUGGAGAGCGGGUCCCCGGCGAGGGGAGCGCAGCGCGUCCGUCUCCAGGAGCGCGGCCCGGCCGCCCCGGCAGCCGCUUAGGCCACAGCAGGUGGGAAGGACGAGAGGGUCUGGGCGCGGGUCUGGGCGGCGGGAGGGACGCGCGGGGCCGUGGCUCGGCAGAAACGCUCCCGCCCCGGGGUGACGCCGGCCGCGGGGAAAGAGGCUCCGAGUAACUUUCGGCUCCGCUGGGGCGGGAGGAGCAGCGGAUAAUCCAGGGCCCCCGCCCCGCGCGCCCGGCCGCAGCUCGAGCCACAUCCAGGCAGAGCAGGCGCCGCGGCCGGGCUGGGGCGGGCGGGUCACUCGGUGCCCGUUCCGGGUGCAAACGCCUCGCGCGCCUCUGGCUUUGUGCAGCCCGAGAUCGUUGAGUUUGGCUCCGGAGCCGGGAGUGGGGCGCAGAUUGAUUUUUAAACAUGGAGAAGGAGACGCAUCUGCCGCUGGCACGUUCGAUGGGAGCAGCUCCGGGACUGCGCCCGCCCCGCCACGGUCACCCUGAGGCCCGGGGCCCGGGAGCGCGACCUCCUGGCCGCCGUCUGGGACUUUGACCUUCCGGAGGCCAUGGAGGCUGGCGGGGAGCAGGGCGCGACCUGAUCGCCUCCCCCUGGACGCCUCCUCCCGCGGCGCUCACGCUUCGGUAACUUUGCAGCGCUCAUGAACGCACCAAGGAGGAGACCUCCAGUGAAAAUGAGGAAACAGAGGAGGAAGUUAUGACUCAAGAAAGAGGAGACACAAAUAAGCCAGAACACGAGUCCCCCGCACGCCGGGCUCACACGCUGGCGGGACUGUUGGCUCCGAGGCCGGUGGAUGGGAGAUGGAAGCCAGCCUUCCCCAGGGGAAGCAGAGACAUCUCUGGGCGGCUUCCAGAGCAACCUGGGCCAUGCUGCAGGCACGGAACCAAGCUGGCAUUCCGGCCAUUACAUCUGGGCCAAGAAGGUCGGGGUCACCUUCAUCCGCCCCUCCCCAGCCCCCUUGGGUCCUCUGAGCCGCGUUCUUCACCCCCCAGGAGCCUGGCUGCUUUCCGUGCCGAGGGUCCAGGAGCUCUGCUUCUGUGGCCUACUGAUCAGCCCACCCCUGUCAGCCAGGCUCUGUUCAGCCACAGAUCAGACCGUCAGGCCCUGGGAACACUUGCAAAGAGGAACCCGUGCAUGUGCAAACUUUAAAAGACAACACACGUCUCCACUGCGCGUGACCCACUUGGAAUUUUAAAUGUCAUCUCUGAAAAUAUAGAAAGGCACUGUUGAUAACUAUAAUUUGGAGAAAAGAAAAGAAAGGAAAAAAAAGAAACCAAAGCAAAUCACAUGUCUGUUUCUUAUAAAACAUUUUGUUGACCCACGGAUCAUUGCACAGGUGAGGACCGUGGCCCAGGCCUCCAGCUCACGCGGCAGCUCCGGGAGUCCACAGCUGCCCUUGCCACCUCAGUCCAUGUGAAGCCUCACAGCUUGGCCUUCAGACGAGAAGCCCCACGCCAGGCGGCACGGCCCCGGCUGUCACUGGAGCUUGGGCGGCGUCCUCCCAGCGCAGCCGCACCUUGGACUCACGCUCUGCCGUGUUUGCCUCCUGCAUGAAAAGCAGCUCUGACUGGGCUUAACACAAACGGGUUUGUGUCUGUGACGAAAAGCCGCAGACGGGAGGCUAAAGUCUCCUUCUGGCCCUGGGGACGGAGGCAGCGGGACAGGACGCGGCUCGCAGGCACCACACAUCAGGGCACACACUUUCCCGGCUGCCAUCUGCGCCUCUGUCCACCAUGGCUCCACCCCCCGCCCCCACCCCUGCAGCUGAGCAGGAGUCUGAACCCUGCAGGAAGGUGCGAGGCGGCCACAGCAGCCCCAGGAAGGCCAUGGGGGGACGUGUGAGGGCCCGGGCAGACCACCCCAGGAUAUUCAGCACACAGAUGAGAACGAAGUCCUGGUUCCAGGCAACUCACGGAGGAAACGCUCCUGUUAGACUCGGAGAGGGCUGGACACGGAGUGGACCCCACUCUCUGGGCUUCUCUCACGGAUCUGGGUUUGCAACAGCAGCUCGUGGGAACUGUGUAGAGUGUUCAUGUUUAUUUUAGACCCUGGGUCAACGUCAUGGAGGAAAAACCAUUGACUCUCGUGGAAGAAUCCUGGGGACAAGAAUCUCAGGCGUCACUCGCGCCCUGUUAAACCUUCAGUUCUUCUACCCACAUGGGGUAUUCCCCACCUCCCAGCAGCAGAGAACUCACUGGACAACCUGAUGUCGGGAUGUGGCCGGGAAAACGUGCUUUUCUGUGACUUUGGAGCUGUUUGCAAGUGGCAGGAGGCUGGCGCCUACUAAACCAGCAAACGUGGGACAACCGGCCCGGCACUGCCCGAGCCACGUGAGGGCCCCCAUGCAUCGCCUCCCAAUGGCGAGUGCUCCAGCAGCCAGAACACCAAGGAGGGGUGUGGGAGAGCGUCCACAGCUGGCCGGGCUGUCCCAGGGCUCUCUGGGGAAGCAGCAGCCCCAGCUGGAGCGCGGACCGGACACUCACCCCACAGCUGUCGCAGGAGGCAACUGACGCUUCAGGCUCUGGGGCACUCAGGAGAAUCCGGACAGAGGCCCGCCCAGUUCACCUCUUUACAGAGCGGCUGAGUGAGGGUGGGGCUCUCCUGGGCCCUGACCCUCCCGAAAACCCUCAGGGGCGUCUGUCCAGGGAUCUGAAGACAGUGCUCUCCCUGCCCCGCUACCCAGGGGAGUUCCUGCACCCCGUGGUGUACGCGUGCACGGCGGUCAUGCUGCUCUGCCUCCUGGCCUCCGUCAUCACCUACAUCGUGCACCAGAGCGCCAUCCGCAUCAGUCGCCGGGGCCGGCACACGCUCCUGAACUUCUGCUUCCACGCGGCCCUGACCUUCACGGUGUUUGCCGGCGGCAUCAACCGCACCAAGUACCCCAUCCUGUGCCAGGCGGUGGGCAUCGUGCUGCACUAUUCCACGCUGUCCACCAUGCUGUGGAUAGGAGUGACCGCCAGGAACAUCUACAAGCAGGUGACCAAGAAGGCCCCUCUGUGCCUGGACGCAGACCAGCCGCCGUACCCCAGGCAGCCCCUGCUCAGGUUUUACCUCGUCAGUGGAGGGGUCCCCUUUAUCAUCUGUGGGGUCACCGCUGCCACGAACAUCAGGAAUUACGGGACAGAGGACGAGGACGCGGCGUACUGCUGGAUGGCCUGGGAGCCUAGCCUGGGCGCCUUCUACGGCCCAGCCGCCGUCAUUGCCCUGGUCACCUGCGUGUACUUCCUGGGCACCUACGUGCAGCUGCGGCGCCACCCAGGGCGCAGGUACGAGAUGCGCGCACAGCCCGAGGAGCAGCGGCGGCUGGCCACGCCCGAGGGCAGCCGUGGGAUCCGGCCCGGCACCCCACCCGCACGCGAUGCCCCUGGCGCCUCGGUGCUGCAGAACGAGCACUCCUUCCAGGCACAGCUGCGCGCUGCCGCCUUCACGCUGUUCCUGUUCACGGCCACGUGGGCCUUUGGGGCGCUGGCGGUGUCCCAGGGCCACUUCCUGGACAUGGUCUUCAGCUGCCUGUACGGCGCCUUCUGCGUGACACUGGGGCUCUUCGUGCUCAUCCACCACUGCGCCAAGCGCGAGGACGUGUGGCAGUGCUGGUGGGCAUGCUGCCCACCCCGCAGGGAUGCCCACUCCGCGCUCGAUGCCAACGGGGCCGCGCUGGGCCGUGCCGCCUGCCUGCAUUCGCCGGGCCUCGGCCAGCCACGGGGCUUCGCGCACCCACCGGGACCCUGCAAGAUGACCAACCUGCAGGCCGCACAGGGCCACGCCAGUUGUCUGUCCCCAGCCACCCCGUGCUGCGCCAAGAUGCACGGCGAGCCACUGAUGGCGGACGAGGCACACGUGCACGCGCAGGAGGAGGGUGCCUUCGGGCACGACCCCCACCUGCACGGGUGCCUUCAGGGCAGAACUAAGCCGCCCUACUUUAGCCGGCACCCAGCAGAGGAGCCCGAGUACGCUUACCACAUCCCGUCCAGCCUGGACGGCAGCCCCCAAAGCUCGCGCACAGACAGCCCCCCCAGCUCUCUGGAUGGCCCGGCAGGGGCACACACGCUGGCCUGCUGCGCCCAGGGUGACCCCUUCCCCAUGGUCAGCCAGCCUGAGGGCAGCGAUGGGAGCCCUGCCCUCUACAGCUGCCCCACGCGGCCGGGCAGGGAGGCAGCGCUUGGGCCUGGUCACCUGGAGAUGCUGCGGAGGACACAGUCCCUGCCCUUUGGUGGCCCCAGCCAGAACGGGCUGCCCAAGGGUAACUUGCUAGAAGACCUGCCGUUUGGCACCGAUGGGACCGGCAACAUCCGAACAGGACCCUGGAAAAAUGAAACUACGGUGUAGGCGGAGCAGGGGACACAGUGUUCCUGGAGGAGCUUCAGAGCAGAGUGGGGGGCCCAUCUGCCACAUGAGGUCACUGGGGGCACCAAAGUGACCCCACCUUUCAGAAGCAGUUCACACCCCUGCCCCUUCCUUGUGAAAGACCUCAGCGGGGAAAAGCUCUGGGCCACGCCCACUCCUUUUAUCCCAGUUCCACGUGCUCCUCCCUGCACAAGGUCAUCUGGUUUCUGUCCUGUGGCCUCCAGUCCUGGGGCGCCCCAGAGGCAGAGCAGGGGCUUCCAUCAAAGGACCCACCCAGACCCCAGCGUGGCCCUGCCCGAGAUGCCGUCCACGGAGUCCUGGCUUCCCCUGGUGUGGCCAGGCGGGGCCGAGAUCGCAGCAGGGGGCUGCCCUGACCUUUCCCAGUGUUCAAUGUGUGUGUCUUGCGUUCUGCUCCAGGGGUGGUGGUGGCAGGUCUGUCCCCAGCAUUCUCACCCUGGGCAGAACCCUUGGGACCCACUGCUGUCGUGUGUCUGAGCCACCCCUGCAGCUUCACGGGACCCCUGCACACCUCUGCCCACUCAGUGUCCCCUGUCAACCUUGUCCUUGUCACAGCCCCAGCCCUGCAGGGCUGAGAGCACCACGGAUGCUGCGGGCUGCAGCCGCGCUCCGGACUUUGGGGAUGGCUGUCGGCUUCAGAGGGCCAGUGGGGUGCUCUCAGGGGCCCAAGCCUUGGGAAGAUGCCCAGACAUCCGUUAGUGAAGAUUCGACUUCCAAAACCAGCCACUGUUGGGACUGGAUUCCACUCCAGUAUAGGCACUUGGCAACAAGGUUUAUUCCAAAAAGAAGAGGGGCUGGCAGACGGGACAUUCUCAUGGACAAAAUUCCUUUCCCUUUUUCUCAUCUCCAUGAACAUCUGGGCACCAAGCCCUGACUCAAAGGACAGAUGUGGAUGACAACAAGCCUUCUGUGAAAGCAAGUGGCCCGUCCCUUGGUGGAAGGGAGUCCAGAGGGCCGUGGGUGUGAAACUGUACACAGUUUUCCCUCCGUCCCUCCUUGUCUGUGACACGUGUUCACCCACACACACACAUGCACACAAACACAUGUGCAUAUCACACACAUAUACAUACACACAAACGUGCAUAUCACA